GGAUACGUUCGUGUUGUUUUGCUUUUCCAUCGCUAAAGACCCGUGAAAUUUAUUUCGGAGACCACAGAUAACUGUCAGUACAUGUUACCAUGGCGAUGACUGCAGGGACUACAACAUCCUUUCCCAUGAGUAACCACACCCGGGAGAGAGUGACGGUGGCCAAACUUACGCUGGAGAACUUCUACAGCAACCUAAUCAUACAGCACGAGGAGAGAGAAACCAGGCAGAAGAAGCUAGAAGUGGCUAUGGAAGAGGAAGGCCUUGCAGACGAGGAGAAAAAACUGCGCAGGUCACAACAUGCUCGCAAAGAAACCGAGUUUCUGCGACUGAAGAGGACUAGGCUUGGCUUGGAUGACUUUGAAUCUUUGAAAGUUAUAGGAAGAGGAGCAUUUGGAGAGGUACGUCUUGUUCAGAAGAAGGAUACAGGUCAUAUUUAUGCAAUGAAGAUAUUAAGAAAAGCAGAUAUGCUGGAGAAAGAGCAGGUGGCCCAUAUCCGAGCAGAAAGAGAUAUUUUGGUUGAAGCAGAUGGAGCCUGGGUAGUGAAAAUGUUUUACAGCUUUCAGGAUAAAAGAAAUCUUUACCUGAUCAUGGAGUUCUUACCUGGAGGUGACAUGAUGACCCUACUAAUGAAGAAAGACACCUUAUCAGAAGAGGAGACACAGUUUUACAUUUCUGAAACUGUGCUGGCCAUAGAUGCUAUUCACCAGCUGGGAUUCAUCCACAGAGACAUUAAACCAGAUAACCUUCUGCUGGAUGCUAAGGGUCAUGUAAAACUGUCAGAUUUUGGGCUAUGCACAGGUUUAAAGAAAGCUCACAGAACAGAGUUCUACAGGAACCUAACACACAACCCGCCAAGUGACUUCUCAUUUCAGAAUAUGAAUUCAAAGAGAAAAGCAGAAACAUGGAAGAAGAACAGGCGACAGCUGGCAUAUUCUACUGUUGGAACCCCAGAUUACAUUGCACCGGAAGUCUUUAUGCAGACUGGGUACAACAAGCUGUGUGACUGGUGGUCGUUGGGAGUGAUUAUGUAUGAAAUGCUAAUAGGGUAUCCACCUUUCUGCUCAGAAACACCACAAGAAACUUAUAGGAAAGUUAUGAACUGGAAAGAAACGUUGGUAUUUCCUCCAGAGGUGCCCAUUUCAGAGAAAGCGAAGGACUUAAUUCUAAGGUUUUGUAUCGACUCAGAAAAUAGAAUUGGUAGUAAUGGAGUAGAGGAAAUCAAAAGUCAUCCGUUUUUUGAAGGAGUGGACUGGGGACAUAUCAGGGAAAGACCAGCUGCAAUCCCUAUAGAAAUCAAAAGCAUUGAUGAUACUUCUAACUUCGAUGAAUUUCCUGAAUCUGAUAUUUUACAGCCAGUGCCAAACACAACGGAACCUGACUACAAAUCCAAAGACUGGGUUUUCCUCAAUUAUACCUACAAGAGGUUUGAAGGGCUUACACAGCGUGGCUCGAUCCCUUCCUACAUGAAAGCUGGGAAGUUGUGAAACGAAACACAAACCCACAAAAGAAAUAUAAACCUCAGGUAGCUGCAUCACCAGACCCGCUUGGCAUUAGUUUAUCAAUACAUUGACUCUGGUGCGCAUCAAUUUCACAAGGAAAUUCUACAGGAUUAGGAUUUCUGAGACUACUACAGGAAUUAGUUGGCAGUGCCAGCUGGCUUUUUUUUUUUUUUUUUAAUAUUUGAAUAUUUUUGUUAACUUUAUUAUACGAAGGUACUGGAAUAAAAGGAACGUACAUCCCUUUGUAACUGCACUGCCUAUGUGUGUAUAACGGUUAAUUAUGCCUCUCUGUACUGUGGCUGUGUUUGUACUGCAAACCAUCUAAUCCACCCAGGAGUAAAGCAUAUCAUUUGAUGGAGCAUUGUUAUUGUGCUGCUUACCUGGUGGGAUUUAGAGAUGCAGUAUAAAAAACAAUUUCCCACAUUUGCAAAAAUCUGAGCAGUUGCUCAAGGGUGUUUCAGUUGUGGUCUGCAGGAUACCCUGUGAGUGUGGCAACAUUGAAUUAUUUUAAAUAGCAGUGUCCUGUGGGCCUACUUGUGCCCUGCCUACCCUCGCUCCUCCCCACUGGAGGGCUUUGUCAGCCCAUUGUCCUCUGCUUCUCUUUCUUCCAUUUUCCACUGUGUGUGGCAGUGGAACAGUCUCUGUGUCAGGUUUAGUGGUAUUUCUACUUAAAAUGCUAGUUGAUGGCUAUGACUGUCUAAGAUGACUAUGCCUGUUGACCACUGCUGAAAGAUUUUUAACAGAAGGGAAACUUGCUGGUACCAAGUUCCAAGGAGAUGAAAUGUCAUUUCCAGGACAGCAUUUCUUCCUCUGCUGUAAGGCAGAUAAUCUUUUUGCUACUGAUAAUUCAAAUGGCCUUUUCUGUCUGUGCAAAACGUAUUCUAGUAAAGUGACCAAACUGCUGCUUUUUCUUUUUUUGUCUCCCUAAGAAGUUCAAGGCUAGAGCCUUUCCUGUCCAGAGCACCCUGUAGCUGCCUUUGUCAAGCCAGAGGAAAUGGAGUGUCCCACUAGACUCAGGCUCUCGUGUGGGCUCCAUCUUCUAGUUUCUCCAUCUAAUGUGGACCAUGGGAUUAAAACAGUUCAGCUGAGCCUGCAGCCCAGUUUCCAGGAACCCUGAACCAACCACAGUAUCUAAAUGCUGUUCUCACUAGUCUGCAGGAUGGUGACAAACUGACAGAAGAUACGGGUCUCCUUCUCCUAGGUCAAGGAAACUGAAGCAGAAAUCCUUCCAUCUGCCGGGUAUGUUUUUUCUUCUCAGCCCAGCAGCAGUUCAGGACAGAAUUGCACUCCUAGAACAGUUCGGAAUUACCUGGUCAUUGGCAAAUUUUUCUGUAUCUCUGCGUGUACCAGCAUAUUAUCUGCAGUACUUUGAAUCUAUCAUAAUACAGUAGAGAUGUUCAGUGUCAUUUUCUGGUUACAAAUGAGAUUUACAGCAAUGAAAAAUUCCCCAGUAAUUGAAGCAUAGUCGCUGUUGCUGCCAUCCUCCUUUGAAUGCAAGUGAAAGGCACUCUGAAGCCUCUGCAGUGCCCAUAGGAGUGAAGCACAGGAUGUUAUGGUACACAGCAGGAAAGACUCCAUUAAGAUUGACUUUUGCAGCAAAAUGGAAGUGACUGUUUACAAAGCUAUUUACAGAAAUGUUUAUUGCUGUUAGGCACCAUGGUAUCAGCUGUUCAGCAUUAUUUACAUGCUUUAAAAACACACUGGGGUGUUCACAUGUUACCAGCAAGCCCAUCAGUGGCUUACUGACAUGCAUGUAGUCUUCUCCAAUCCAACAGCUACUAGGUUCCUCAAGGGCUUCAGUGAUGUCUUUCCUCCAAGAUCUUGUUUCUCUCCAAACAUCUAAUACUUAUUUUUAAUGCCUAUCUACAAAAAACUUUAGUCUUUAGCUCAUCACAGAGGAGCAGCCACUGCCUCAGGGUCCAUCCAGUUUACACAGUGUUAUAUCAGAACAUGGUUAAGCUAAACUUUUGCCUAAAUGCUGGAUUUAUGUGGGAACAUCUCAUUAAUCUCCAGUUUUUCUUCCGAGACCUUACACUAAUUAACACCCCUUUAUUGCUGUGGGGGCAAGACCCCUCAGAAAUUCCCCAGUGUUGUUCUUAGCCUUGUCAGUGUAGUGAAGCUCAACCUCUAUCCAUACAAAGACUGUCCAAAACAGUAAGUCACUUAAAUCCACCUUUAACAUUUCAGACUUCAUUCUGCCAGUGCCCUUAGCAGCUUUUGAGGCUUCUCAGGAAAGGAAAUUUCUUUUCUAAGGUAUUCAGUCCAUUCUACCCAGACAGAGGAGCUUGGGCAGAAUAUGUCUGAGAUGCAAACUUGCCCUCAAAGGACACUGCUAUUCAAAAGAGAAUUGUUAACAGUUUUCAUUUCCAGUCUCCUUCAUGGGGCACUAUGUGCACCAGAAAUAGAAUUCCUGCAAACAAGACAUUUCAAAAGACCACAGUUACCCUAUUUCCCUAAUAAGAAGUCUUUGCUUGAAUUUGCUAAGACAAGAUAAGUUUCAUGGAAACUGCAAAUGCUCAGUAAUACUGGUGAUUUAUUCUUUUUUUUCUGCAGGUUUUGGGGGAGGGAAGAUAAAUGCACACUUAAUUUAAAGCUAUCUAUUAAACAACUAUGUCUGUACAUACUGGUUUACAAACUUCAAAAAAAAGCUCAACCCUUGUAUUUGUAACACUAAAGAUAAUACUCAUUUCAAAUUGCGGAUGAUUAAUCAUAUCAGUGCUCACAUAGGAAUUCUAUCCAUAGGGAACAACCUGCAGCCUAUUUAUCAUAAACUCCUGUAUUGUGGUAGUUGAUUUUAUUUUUUUUAACAUAGCAUUCUUUUAAUCAGUAAGUCAAGUUAAACAGAAUAUUAGCUACUGCUUUUAGGAUGAUAGAAUUUUUUUUAAGGUGAAACUGUGACACUGUAAUGGAUUAAAGAGAACAGAAGGUUAAUCUACACUGGCUUUCAAAAAAUGGAAGUGCAACAUAUCUUUUGUUAUUUUGUCUUUUGGAUGGUUGUGUUUUUUCCUUUGGCAAUGUUUGUCACUGUGCCAUUUAUUUUUCUUAUUCUUGGAGUACCAAAGAUUCUGAAAUGGCUUGAUGAUUGCAACCAUGUGAAAAUUUAUUUUCUGAAACUGUUUUGUUAACUUUUGUUAAAAUGUGGAAUUGUGUAUGCAAAUUCUUAUCAGAGGUUUGCUGGGAAGUUAACCUAUUCCAGCAGGAAAAACCUGAGUGCAUCAAUGGAAGUGGUGGGCCUGAAUCCAAAUUUUGGAUCUGAAUACCCUGAAGCUGGGGGGAGGAAGCUUGCUGGGAAAUGCAGCUGAGCUUUUUUGCACUUUGUUCCAUCUCCCAUCAGUGUGAGUGAGUGGCCUUAGGUACAGGACAUCAGCAGAGGUGGUUUCAUGCGCAAAAGGAGUGGAAAGAAUCGCCAGCAUUCAGAAAACAAAUAUUGUUGAUACUGCGUUUGCACUGUUCAAUUUGCCUUGCUGGAGAGUUAUAUAAGUGUUAUUUUUAUAGGUCAAUUGUUGAACACCAGAGCCACUGGAUACAGUAUGGAAUAAUAGCAUCUGACAUGGGUGAAUUCACCUAAGUGCAAAGGGGCUUGCUGGAAGCUCUCCACACUACUAAGACAAAUGGGCAUAAGCAGUACAAAGGGUGUUGUCUGCUCCUUGGAAAGAGGUGACUUUCCUCCUCUGCAACAGCAAGUAGGGAAUACUGCAGUUAGCCCAGUGAUACUCUUAAUGCUUAGGAAGUGCUCUCACUUUUUCAAUAAUAUGAGCAAUUACAAGCAUUGUUACAUACUGUACCUUGUCCUUUUAAUGUUGAUAUAUUACAGCAGCUCGUUCUUGGAGUCAAAAUGGCAAAUGCUAUAUUUUUCUUAGAUUGUUUCAUUAGUUGUGGUUGGGAAAGUUACAUAGAAGCAUUAUAAAAAUUUAUAUGAGGCUUUUUACAGCAUUUGAAAAUAAAAGUAGCAUUCCUUUUGUAAA